AGUACGGCGCGGCACUUCCCGCUUAGUUUAAAAACUAUACAACUGUGUCACAGUUUCUUCGAAUUUUCUUUCAUUUUCUUUCUCCAAGAAAAUUCAAGACUUUGUUUCCCAGAUCACUGCAGGGUUUCACUUUUCACCUGCCUUUCAUGGACUCUCCUCCUAGACGUCGUCCAAUUCCUUCCCCACCUUCGUCUCGUCCCCCCGGAGAGGCCUUUGUCAAUUUCAAUUUAAUCAGCAGUCUUCCUCCAAAAAAUUCAACCAACAGAGUGUGGUACCCACAAAAGUUUUCAGAAUCUAAUUUGCCACCUCCACCACCUGUGUUUGCAUCACCCCAUAUAGAUAUGCAGCGGGAAAGCAGUCUUCUCACAAGUGGAAACAUAAUUGCAGCAGAUGGGGUUUUGAAUACACUGGUUGCACCCACAGGUCAUCAGGGGGUUGAUGGAAGGUUGAAUGAUCUACCAGAUGUACCAACAAGAAAAGUAAAUGGACUUUGGGACCCUACUUCAGGAGCACAACAUUCUGAACAAUUUGGGUCUCAGACUUUUGUGUCAUAUGAAGAUUGUCUCAGAAGUUCAAGAGUAGUGUUCAAAGGAUCUUUUGAGGAGGCUGGUCAGCACCAAGGUAUGCAUAGACAUCUUCAGUUUGAGAUUGCAGGUGCUUGCAAUUCUGUCACGACUGAGAACAGUCACAAUUCUUGGAGACUGGCAAAUAAUUAUGCUAGUUCAAGGUUACCUGAGAGUCAGCUUUCAUUUCAACAAGGAGGAAUCUUCAGAAACCAGACACCAGUUAGUCACUCACCAUUGCUUUCCCAUUGGUCUCUAUGCCCGGCAAGAAUACCAGAAAUUCUCACUGGAAUGGCUGGAAACUCAGCCAUUUUAGCUCCAGGGAACUUGUUUACUUCAGAAGUUAAUGAUAUGACCGCGGAUUUAAACCGAAUUAGUCCAAGAAAGAUGAGGAAGACAGCAACACACACCACUGAGAGUGAUCGCAAGCAUUGCAAUUGUAAGAGGACCCAAUGCUUGAAACUCAGUUACUGUGACUGCCUUGCAGCAGGAGUGUAUUGUACAGAUUCUUGUGCAUGCUCUAACUGCUUGAACAAGUCUGAAAAUGAAGGCGUGGUACAAAUCAUUCGAGAGAAAAUCGAAUCCCGUGAUCCACUUGCAUUUGCUCCAAGGAUUGUAAACCCUGACACUGACACUAGUGUGGAAGAUGGGAACUGGACGACCCCAUCAUCAGCCAGGCAUAAGAGAGGAUGCAAUUGCAAGAAGUCAAUGUGUCAGAAAAAAUAUUGUGAAUGCUAUCAGGCUGGAAUUGGAUGCUCUGAUGGAUGCCGAUGUGAGGAUUGUAGAAAUUCCUUCGGCAUAAAGGCAGAUAGAAGGGCUGAAAGAUGGGGAGUUCAAAGUCAUGGGGAGCUGAACAUGGGGGGAGCAGAUCAAUUCUCCCCAGAAUGGGAAGGAAUUACUGAUAUCAACCAAAUUACUCCAUUGUCUCAUCCUCACUCAGGGGCAGGGGCUUCCUCAGCUUCACCCAAUCCAAGAGACUUCCCUGAAGUUCUGCAUGCUGAAUUAUAUCGAGGAAAUAACAGUCAGACAUCAGCUGGUGCCCUUCAUUGGAGCAGUUCAUCCAACACUCUUGUGCCUCUGCGACAUGGGAAUGAGGCCCCACAAGAACUCAGUUCUGACAGUGCGCAACAUGCCUUGACAAAGGAUGAUGAUACACCAAAGAUACUCAGCUCUUCCCCCAACGGACCAAUGCAAGCUUGCUCAUCAAAUCAGAAGUGCGUGUCUCCUCCACAAAUUCAAUUGAAGGAUACGAGUUUAAGACCUUCACCAAGCUUGACAAAUGAACAGACAAUCAUAAGGCUGGGUACACCUUCUGUCCGUCCUUUUAGCUGGUGUAGUAAUUCUAAAGAUGGUAUUCCUCAAAUCAAAAGUCAUCCCAAUGACAGCACCAGCAAUCAGUGACUGCUUGCAUGGAGUGAGGGCUAAUGAUAUGCGGUUGGCCUACAUGGAUAGGAUGUUUACAAACAAUAUGGACUUACAGCUCAAUAACAAUUUUCCAGGUUUAUGUAAUUGUGGCCAACCACAAUUCUGUGCAUAAUUGAAGUACCUAUCAGUGCUUUUAUGGCUCUUAGGAUCA